ACACGAUAGAAAACAAUUUCAGGAAAAUAACCUUAUGACAGUCCAGUGAACUUUAUGCGGCAACAAGACAUGUCUGAAAGUUCCUCAGGUCUGAACAGAAGCAGUCGGGACAUUUGCGAAUCCAAUUCAUCCCACUACUCUGAACUGAGUGAAACAAAUACUUGGACCACUUUGUGUAGAAACAGAGGCACUUUGCAUUCCUAUUCUGACUCAGGCAUCUCAUCACCGCUUCCAUCAGAUUCUUUCAAAUACCUCACCUGGAACAACCUAGACCAACACGAUGUUCAGGGGAACCAACUACGCUGUCCAAGAGUGAGGAAAGGGCCUUCUGAAGAAGACCUGCUUUUUAGACGUGAGGAAUAUAACUUCCCUCCAAAGAAAAAGGUACUUGAAAAAGAUAAAUGGGAAAAGUGGCAACAAGAAAACUGGGAAGAAUGUACGAAUUUGAACAUUUCAUUUCAGGCUUUGGGAGACCCUUAUCAAGCAGAUAAUUUGAACAGGAUUCUCCGAAGACUAAUUCGAGUGCGAACCCUUUGGCUGGUGGACAAUUCUUUGACGGAUCUAAGUGCCAUAAGACUGCCCAGAUGCAAAGAAUUAAAUGUCAGCAAAAAUUGCUUUACAUCUUUCAAACAAUUGCCAAAGAUACCCGAAACACGGCAUUUAUCCUUGGCUGAAAACCAGAUCGCAACACUAAGUGGACUCUCCAGCUUGCAAUCCACUCCUUUAGAAUCUCUCAUGCUCAAGAGGAAUCCCUGUGAAUUUCACCAAAACUACAGAAAACAGUCCUCCAACCAGAAAACAUCAGUCUAAAAAAAUAGAACUUAAAAUCUCCAGGUUUUGUUCAUAGACAAUAGUUUAGGUCAUUGUAGGCAGGUGGAUAACUCCCCAGCCAUCAUUUGACUUAUUAUUGGGAAGCUCCUGAUUCCAAUAUGAUAAAAUGUAUUUAAGGGAAAACAGCCACACAAUCCCAGACUCCCAGAAGCAGCUUAUGCCUGAGCUCUCACUGGGAAAGUCCCAGCCCUUUCCUUCCCUCUCUCCUCCCCCAACCAGAGAUUCUCCAAGGCAGUAAAGGGCAAUAUUGUACAGUGGAGGCAGUACUGCACUGUGAAUCAGAGGACUUUGCAUCAAAUUUCAACUCUAAAAUUGAUUGCUGCAUGAUCUUGGAGUGUUUUCCAGUUUGCCAAACUUAAAAGUACUGGAUGGAGUCCCAAAGCUUCCAGAAGACCAUUCAUUGCCAGAAAU